GGUAUAAUAAAUAGAUAAUUCCAAGUGUGCUUCUCAACAUUUUACAUCGCCUUUCAUCUGAUCUGGUUCUCUUUUAUAUAUGUAGACAGGAUACUGCACUGAGUAUUGAAAAAUGGAGGACAUGUUGAUCGUGAUUCUCUCGAUGCUUCUGGCUCUAGUAUUAGUUCCGCUUUAUCUGUGGAAACGCCGGCAAAAUUCUCAGUCCUCCAGAGAACAUGAAGAUGAACCUCAGGUUGAGCAGAGGGGCACUGUAGUAAGAGCCACUGGAACGCGUCGAAUGCGUCGAAGACCAGCUUCUUCAGCUGCUAGCACAUCUUCAGCUGCAGCCACUAUAGAUGAAGCGGUUGAUGGAAGUGAUGAUGAAGAACCUGGAGAUGGAUAUUAUACUGCAAAGUCGUCAAAGAAAAGGGAAAAGAAGCGUCAAGAGCGGGAAGCACAAAGACAGACUGAAGAAGCUGCUCGAGAAUCAAAACAGACAAAGCAAAGCCACUAUGAUGAAAUCAGGAGGAGGAAGGAGGAGGAGCGUGAGGCUCAAGAGCGUGCACUGGAAGAAGAAGCCAAGGCUCGACAGGCCAAAGAGGAAGAAGCUGCUGCAUUAGAGUUUGAAAAAUGGAAAGGUGAAAUUUCAGUUGAUGCUGAGGGAACAACUGAAAACGAAAUACAAGAUGGAAGCCAGGGUCUACUUUUUGAUUUUGUGGAAUACAUUAAGAAACACAAAUGUGUGCCGUUGGAGGAUCUUGCGGCAGAAUUCAAGUUAAGGACUCAGGAGUGUAUCAACCGUAUCAACUCGCUCGAAGAAAUGGGGAGACUUUCUGGUGUUAUGGACGAUAGAGGGAAAUACAUAUACAUCUCACUAGAAGAAAUGAGAGCCGUGGCUGACUAUAUUAGACGUGAAGGUAGAGUGAGUAUCUCACACUUAGCUAGCAAGUCUAAUCAAUUCAUAGAUUUGGAACCAAAAGUCGAGUUAGCUGAGGAUAUAGGCAGCAUCGUUGCGGAGACUACUGUUGCUUGAGCUUAAUGAACUUGUAUGUAUAAUUAAUUCUAUGGAAAAUCAAAUGUUUAAUAGACAUGCUUUACCUUAAUUUACAUGCAUUUCCUUCACCCUU